AGUGCUGAAGUGGGUUAAGCUUUUGCAGAAGUCGUGUCGAGGGGUCAGGCAGUUUUCAACUUUUCAAAGUUUUUUCGGUUGAACCGAGUUAUUUCCAAUAGUAAGUUAUCGCAGCUUUCCCUAAUUUCGGGCCUAAAGGUAUAGUUGUAUGAGGAACGGAGGCUUUGAAAGCCAGCGUAUCGGAUGAAUUAGCCCAUGCGUGCAGUGUCUGGAGGGAGUAUUAUCAGAGAAGAGGUUGUGCUGUGAAUAAGUCUGAGCUGGUGCCAAACACUUUGAAGCCAGAAUGUCAGAAGCAAAGGAUCUGUUGUCUAUAAGUGACUUUUACGCACAGAAAACAGUAUUUAUUACUGGGGCUACUGGAUUUCUUGGUAAAGUCGUGAUAGAAAAACUUUUAAGGGCAUGUCCUCAUGUGAAAAAGAUUUAUCUUCUGGCAAGAAGCCGACGUGGUGUUAGCCCCCAACAGAGAAUUGAUGACUUGUUAGAUGGAAUGCUCUAUGACAGAGUUAGAGACAUGGGUGGUGACUGGAGAAGCAAACUUGUACCCAUCAAGGGGGACAUUGCUGAAGAUAAACUUGGAAUGUCAGAUGAGGAUUGGAGAACACUUCAAGAAAAUGUUGAAAUUGUAUUCCACUCUGCGGCAACAGUCAGAUUUGAUGAAGAUCUAAAGGAUGCAAUGACUUUGAAUUUAUAUGGAACUCAAAAUGUCAUUGGGUUGUGCCGUGGGAUGAAACGUCUUGAGGUCUUGGUUCAUGUUUCCACAGCAUAUGCUAACUGUGACAGGGAAGUCAUUGAUGAAAGGAUAUACCCUCCUUCAGUAGACCCUGACAAGCUUUCCUCAUCUAUUGGCUGGAUGAAUGAUGACAUGGUGAAUUCUCUAACACCACAUUUGAUUGGCAAGCGACCCAACACAUACACUUUCACCAAAAGUCUGGCUGAGCAUGUCUUACUUCAAGAGGCUGACAACAUCCCAAUAGCAAUUUUCAGGCCUUCAAUCAUUGGUGCAGCUUGGAAAGAACCCUUGGAAGGUUGGGUGGACAAUUUCAACGGGCCUAGUGGUCUUUUUGUUGCUGCUGGAAAAGGAAUGCUGCGGUCAAUGAUCGGAGAUUGGAAUGCCAUUGCAGAUAUUAUUCCCGUUGACUACUCAGCCAAUAUGUUGCUUGCCAUUGCUUGGCACAGAGUUGCAAAAAGUCAUUCAAGUAUUCCGGUCUACCAUCUAACCACAGGCACAUUGAAUGGAUGCACUUGGGGCAAUUUGUGUACCAUGGUUAGUAAGCAUUUCCAGAAUUAUCCAUUUGAAGGAGUAUUCAGGAGACCAAACUUUGCUUUUGAGCAAAGAAGACUGAUCCACUACUACUGGUGCUAUAUUGGUCACAAAAUCCCUGCCUUCAUUGCUGACAUGGGAUCCUUUUGUUCUGGGCAAAGACCAAGAAUGAAUAAGUUAUAUGGCAAGCUGGACAGGGCAACCAAGAGCUUGAUCUUCUUCACUUCCAGAGGCUGGGAGUUUUCAAUGGACAACUAUCAUGGACUGAUCCAAGAUAUGAGCCCUCAAGACAGAGAGACCUUCAACUUUGACGUGCAGAAGCUGGAUUGGAACAACUAUUUUUUGCACUUCAUUCUCGGCCUCAAGAAAUUUGUUCUCAAAGAAGAUAUGGCCAAUCUUCCAGUUGCGCAAAGCCGCAUUCGCAGAUUGCGGAACAUCCGUUGGUCCAUGUACUUCUGUUUGUUCCUGUUUUCGUCAUGGCUCAUUAUCAAGAGGUUUCCGGCCGCACAAACCGCUUGGGCCCAGUGCUUAUCCGGUGUUCACAAGCUGGCGAUGGCUCUGGAACCGUUCAAGCUCUCUAACUGAAUGUCCCCACGUGUAGCUUGAAGUAAUGUAAAGCACUUGAAAUUCAAGAAGGAUAAUUGUUGUGCCUUUUCAUGAAUGUUUCAUGAUAUAGGGCUUUGUAGGCCAUAUAUCGCACAACGUAAUGUACGUUUCCCCGAGACAAAAAAAUUGUAGUGUUUAGAUAACUUCUGAAAUUUAAAAUCUAAAAUUGACUUGUACUUAUUUAAGAUUUCGUGGUAGAUAGAUUCGUUAAGUUGCUGAUUGUUAUAACAGGGCUAAACGUCCUUUGUUAGGUACGACUCUUGUAAAAUUGAUUCUACAAUAGAUCUUAGAAAUGGUAUGUUAAGACUGAGGAUAAUUUUGUGUAGUGGGACUGCAUUGGCAUCGAAUGAUCCUGGUACACAUGCCAUGAAUUCCUCUUGACUCUGACGGGGCUUCUUCAGGAAGAUAAUAGUGAUUUGAAUUGUAAUUGUAUUGUAGGUAUUUAACACGUAUAAUUAACAUUAUGAAAAUCGACGUAUUUUUGUGAUUACUGAAAUAAGAUAUGUGAAUUAUUUUUUUGCCAUAAAAUGUAACGAGAUCGAGAAUUCUCACAACACGUGGCCCGUACGUAGUUAUAAGUUUUGCCUUAUGCAAAACUCUUGUUCUAGAACAAACAGGUUUAUUUCUGUAAAGGAGGUUUUCAAGUCUCAACAACUGUAUCACAUAUUGCCUAGUCAGUAGGCAUUUAAAGUCGAUUUAAAGGUCAUCGACUCUCCGAGGGUUUUCAAAUUACUGUUAAGAGAACAAACACACAAUUGAAAACUCACUGGUUAAUGUUAAUGCUGGUUACGUGAUAACUAAUCCAUGGAAAGAAAUAGUUGUCUCUUCGAUUUAUAAAAUAGAGUGUGAACUUAAAAGAGUAAAUAAAUAAGUGUCACUUAGAACAAAUAGUUACGUUAUCAUAUUCCAGGCGUGUGAGUCACGGAAAGACUCGAGCCAUAAAUGAAAAUUACCAAUUACCUUCGAAAAAUAAAGGCUCUCAUUAUCAACAAUCUUUGAAAAAAAGAAGCUCUUAUUAGCAAUUACCUUU